GCUGACUCCAAUCUCAUUAAUAAAAUAAUUAUAAAAAAACAAAAAUUAGAGAGAGAGAAUCAUGUCGUCGUCGAGACUGUGCGACUCGUGCAAAUCGGCGGCCGCGACUCUGUUCUGCCGCGCGGACGCGGCGUUUCUCUGCGGCGAAUGCGACGGAAAGAUCCACUCGGCGAACAAACUCGCCUCGCGUCACGAGCGAGUCUGGCUCUGCGAAGUCUGCGAGCAAGCUCCGGCACACGUCACGUGCAAGGCGGACGCAGCCGCGCUCUGCGUCACUUGCGACCGAGACAUCCACUCCGCGAAUCCACUCUCUCGCCGCCACGAGCGCGUCCCCGUCACGCCUUUCUACGACGCAGCUCCCGGAGGAGGAUCGGCGAAAUCCGCCUCGUCAGUCAAUUUCGUCGACGAAGACGCUGAUGUCAGCGUGGAGGCUGCGUCUUGGCUUUUUCCUAAUCCGAGUAUUAAGUACGGAGGAGGAGAGAUCCCUAAUUUGUUUUCGGAUCUAGAUUACUCGGCGGUGGAUCCGAAGAUGGAGGCGUCGGAGAAUAGCUCCGGCAACGAUGGAGUCGUUCCUGUGCAGAACAAGUUGUUUCUCAACGAAGAUUACUUCAAUUUCGAUAUCUCUACUUCCAAAACAUUCACACAGGGACCCAGCUGCAUUAAUCAAACUGUUUCGUCGGCAUCACUAGAUGUAGCGCUGGUGCCUGAAGGCGGAGGUAUGACGGAGAUAUCGAACACCACGACGACGACGACGGCGACACCAGCCGUGCAACUGUCACCGGCGGAGAGGGAGGCUAGGGUAUUGAGGUACAGAGAGAAGAGGAAGAAUAGAAAAUUCGAGAAGACGAUACGGUACGCAUCGCGUAAAGCAUACGCUGAGAUGAGGCCGAGGAUCAAAGGACGUUUUGCGAAGCGAACGGAUUCGAGAAGCAACGACGGAGGAGACGUCGGAAUCUACGGCGGAUUCGGCGUCGUCCCAAGUUUUUGAGUCUUCACUUUCGAUAGUAACGGUUAUUAGAAAGAUUACGAAUUAUAAUUUAUAAGAACAUAGUCGUCUGAAAAUCAUUUUUCACAACUAGAAUUUUCGAUUUACCCUCACUAUAUGUUGUAAUCGGUUGACCUAAAAAAUUCAAUAAAAUGUAAUACUCUCUUCAAUCAACUGAUUAAUUUAUA